CCAUCUGGAGGUGCAGCGACUGACGUGCGUUGGUGGGCGGGACUUGAGGCGUCUGUGCGCCAAUAGUGCCGCGCGUGCGCCUGCGUGACGCCACAAUUGGCUCAGAGACCUCUGCGCCCCUCAGGAUCCGGGGGGUCUGAGCGCAGGAACGCAGCGGCUGCGGGGCUGGCUGACGGCUUCACGCGAGGGGCUGACAGGCGGGCGAUGCGGCUGCGGCACGCGGACACCUCCCGGAGCGUUUAUGUGCCAGAUUAGCCGGGACUUAGCCGUGUGCGCGCCGGCCGGCCCGGCCGCGUCAGGUGGAUGCGCCGCUCUGAUCCACUCCGCCCCUAUGGAUCGCCUUCAUGGAUGUCUUCAAACCCGCCCUGGACAAUAGUUCGAGUCCCAAGGCGCCGUCAUCCGGGGAGGCAGAUGCGUUCCGCUGGCCCACGCCGGAGCAUGGCCCCCGCGGCGUCGGCGCGCGCGACGCGGAGCCCGCCGCGCGGGGCUUGUGGACGGCCGUGUUCGACUACGAGGCGACGGCGGACGACGAGCUCAGCCUCCGGAGGGGGGACCUGGUGGAGGUGCUGUCCAAGGACUCGCUGGUGUCGGGGGACGAGGGCUGGUGGACCGGCAUGAUCGCGGACCGCGUCGGCAUCUUCCCCUCCAAUUAUGUCAGCAAGGAAAGCAGCAUCCAGGAGGAGGUCCGGGACUCCCCGGAGCAGCGGUACCCGGUCCCCCCGCUGCACCUCCUGGAGAUCGAUUUCUCCGAGCUCGUCCUGGAGGAGAUCAUCGGGGUCGGCGGUUUCGGGAAGGUCUACCGCGCCGUGUGGCAGGGCAUGGAGGUGGCGGUCAAGGCAGCCCGCCGUGACCCGGACGAGGACCUGGAGCAGACCGUGGAGAGCGUCCGGCAGGAGGCCAAGCUCUUCGCCAUGCUCAGCCAUCCCAACAUCAUGGCUCUCCUGGGGCUGUGCCUGCAGGAGCCCAACCUGUGCCUGGUCAUGGAGUUCGCGCGGGGGGGCCCUCUGAACCGAGCCCUGGCAGGAAAACGCAUCCCGCCGUGCACGCUGGUGGACUGGGCCGUGCAGACGGCGCGAGGCAUGAACUACCUUCACGACCAGGCCAUCGUCCCCAUCAUCCAUCGAGACCUCAAGUCCAGCAACAUCCUGAUCCUGGAGAGGGUCGAGAUGGAAGACCUCAGCAACAAGACUCUGAAGAUCACAGACUUUGGCCUCGCGCGAGAGUGGCACCGCACCACCAAGAUGAGCGCCGCCGGCACCUACGCCUGGAUGGCGCCCGAAGUCAUCCGGGCGUCGACCUUCUCUAAGGGUAGCGACGUUUGGAGUUACGGCGUUUUGCUGUGGGAGCUGCUGACGGGUGAAGUUCCGUUCCGAGGCAUUGAUGGGCUCGCCGUUGCCUACGGAGUCGCAAUGAACAAACUGUCUUUGCCCAUUCCCUCCACUUGUCCUGAACCUUUCGCUCGCCUCAUGGAAAACUGCUGGAGCUCAGACCCUCACUGCCGGCCCAGCUUCAGCACCAUUCUGGACCAUCUCACGGCCAUCGAGGAGUCGGGCUUCUUCGAGAUGCCGGCCGAGUCCUUCCACUCUCUGCAGGACGACUGGAAACUGGAGAUCCAGGAGAUGUUUGACCAGCUGAGGGCUAAAGAAAAGGAGCUCCGAUCGUGGGAGGAAGAGCUGACCCGGGCGGCCAUGCAGCAGAAGUGUCAGGAGGAGGCGCUGAGGAGGCGCGAGCAGGAACUGGCCGAACGGGAGAUCCACAUCCUGGAGCGGGAGCUGAACAUCAUCAUUCAUCAGCUCUACCAGGAGAAGCCUCGCGUGGAGAGCCGGCAGGGCAAGUUCCGUCGCAACCGCCUCAAACUCAAGGACGGGAACCGGAUCAGCCUGCCGUCAGAUUUUCAGCACAAAAUCACCGUCCAGGCGUCUCCGUCCCACGAUCACCGGAGGAGUUUGCUCAGCAGCAGUUCUAGUCCUCCAACCAGCCCACCGAUGCUGCCUCGCCUCAGAGCCAUCCAGCUUACUCCAGGGGAGGGGGCCGCGGCCUGGGGCCACAACGCUGUCUUUCAGCAGGACGAAGAGGAGAUGGAGAGGAAGGGGUCGAGGAAGAAGGGCCGGUCGCGAGGAACCGGGAUCUACCGGGAACACAGCGCGGACGCCAGUGUGAAGCCCCCCCACGAAGGCAGCAGGCAGAGGUCCUGCAGCGCCCCAAACCUCCGCAGAUCGCCCAGACACAGCCCGGCGGUGCCCGGAGUGCCCAGCCUCGUGGAGAUGGAAAACGAAGACUGCUGCUUCAGCACCGAUCCGGAGGCCGGUCCCGCUCAGACCUACCUCUGCCUCCCCUUCCAGAAAGAGUCCCACGGGUCGUCCGAUAGUAACGGAGACGAGUACUGCCUCAGCAGCCAGCUACCUCCAACCCCUCCCUGCAAGAAGACGCCAGGCGGGGGCCGGCGCUCCGAGCUGGUCCUGCUGGGCUGUGGCGCCCUGCUGGCAGCCGUGGGACUGGGCUGCAACCUGUUGACUGUCGCCCCGCCCGAGGAGAGCGUGAAACCUCGAUGGGAGGGCUUCUUCCACAGAGGCGGGGGCCAGAAACGAACCGGCGGCUCCCCAACUCGCAGACUGUUCCGGAGGGAGAGCCCUCUGAAGCCCUCAGUGCCCUCCCUGCCCCCCACCAACACGCUGCUGUCCGUGUCCUCGCUGUCGGACUGCAACUCCACGCGCUCGCUGCUGCGGGCCGACAGCGAGGAGCUGCUGGUGUGCCGCCCCGCCUCCCCGCCGUCCCACCUGAAGGCGGCCCCGGCGGUCAACCCGCUGGUUAACACUCACGUCGAGAGCUUCAAGAGGAACCCCCGCCAGUCCCUCACCCCCACACAUGUCCCCUACGCUCCAAGCUCCUCACGCGUCCUCCGCCGGACGCCAUCAGAUGGCGCCAUCAAGAAAAGCGCCCCGUCAAACGGCCUGGAGCCCCUCCCAGAGAAGUCUGCGCUGGAAAACACGGUGGGAGGCGGCUUCAGCGGUCUGAAAGACGACUGUUCAGACGUCCUGCGGCUCCCCGACCCCAACCUGGUGUUCCCGCCAACGCCCCGGCGCCGCUGCGCCCCCGAACGCCCCAAAACCUUGGACUUUGUGGUGCGACCACGGCCGUCGCCGCGAGCACGCUGCGACGUUGUCCGGACAGAGGGGCGGAGCCGGAUGAACAGACAGACUCUGAGUCACGGCGAGUCUCCUGCCUACACCUCCAGCACAGAGACUCCGCCCACUGCUGAGUUUGGAGGAGAUCCUGCUGUUCUGCCCACCCCCAUGGAAGCCCCGACACCCUACUCCCCCCGAAAGAAUGGAAACCUGCUGGAUCAGCAGGACGAGGCGCAAAGUCGUGACGAAACGCUUCCGCUCUGCAGACCCGAGAUCGGCCCUCCCAAAGACUCUCCGUUCCGCUUUAAGCCCGGGUUCUAGUUGGGUUCUGAAGGGGUUCCUGUUGGUCCUUCUGUGGCUUCAUGACUGCGUUUGAUAUUUUUACUGUCCGUGUUUUUCUUCUGUUUUAAGCUCAUGAACUUCAUGAUCCGACUGACGUCACCUCACAAAGCUUCACUCACAACUGUGCAGAACUCUACACCGGUCCCUGAUCCACUUCCUGCUGCGUCUUUUAAAGUUGGCUGAAGACUUUUUAAAAAGAUCCUUUCGGAAUGUUUUCUCUGAACUUUGGCUGCACUUUCAGGUGUUUUCUAAAGUGUGGUGACACUAACCUGUGAACAUUUCAAAUCAGAAAAGAUCAAUGUUUCAGAUCCUGAACCGCUGGUGGUGCUUCAUACGUGUUCCUCACCUUAACAGUUCCUAUCUUAGCUGUCCCUCCUCAGCUGUUCCUCACCUCACCUGGUCCCCCUCAGCUGUUCCUCACCUCAGGUGUUCCUUACAUCAGCUCUCCCCCCUCACCUGUUCUUUAUAUUCGCUGUUCCAUACCUCAGCUGUUCUUUACCUCAACUGUUCCUUACAUUAGCUUUUCCCUACCAUAGCUGUUCCUCUUCAGGUGUUCCCUACAUCAGCUGUUCUUUAUCUUUGCUGUUCCCUACAUCAGCUGUUCUUUAUCUUUGCUGUUCCAUACCUCAGUUGUUCCUUGCCGUAGCUGUUCCUUACCUCAGGUGUUCCCCUUCAGCUGUUUCCCCUCAACUGCUUCUUACCUCCGCUGUUCCUUACAUUAGCUCCCCCCUCAGCUGUUCCACCCCUUAGAAGAUCCACUGUAACUGUUCCAUCUCAGUCGUCCCACCCCCGGGCAUUUUCCCUCUCAGCUGUUCCAUCCCUCCACCCCCCUCAGCUGUCCAAUUUGCUGAAAAAUAAAAACAACCAGAAGGUGGUAACCACAUAAUUCAGGAUCUGUGAUGAAAUUGAGUGAAAAUGCAGCCAAAGUCCAAAGAAAAAGUUUUAGAUCUUAAAGUCCAAAAGAAAAACUAUUUCUUAAUACAAAUGUAAGCAUUUAAAACACAAAAGAGCUUUCAGCUGAAAACUCCUUUUUAACAUGGUCAGUUGUAAAUCACACAAAACUGUUUAAAACUCCAGUGGAAAAGAGAAAAAAAUGUGUAUUUAAACGGUAGAUUAAUUCAAACACAUUUAGUCCUUAAAGAAUAAAACUGAAAAAGCAGCCAAAUCCUUUAAAACACUACAAGUUUGAUUCGGGCCGGAUUUACAGUUUUGCACUGAACUGUAGCUGUUCAGUUCUCAAACCUGAAUUGACUCAAGUGCACUUUUGGAAAGCGUUUUGAAUGUAAAGUUUUUAUUUGUCGAAUGUUUUGGCAUCUGUUUGCUUCCGUACGUUUCUCACUUGUGACUUGAACCGGUUCCUGCUUGUCCACCCGCUCUCACGGAUCACCUCCAGGCGCCGUUUGCUCACAGACGCCACGCUGUGGUUGUCUCAGAGCGUUUCUUUGGGUUCAAACAUUCCCGAGACCGGAGACGGCUCCGUCUGAGCCGGCAGGUGGGAGACUAAAGUUUGGACGGGCCCAGAUCGGCUGAGGGGUCCAGAGGCUGUUUGUGGGGUUCAUGUCGCACCAAACUGCAUGACUGAACUUAUUUAUUUAUAUGCACUAAUUUAUUUUUUUAUGUGUUUUUUAUCUUUUGUGUUGCCUUAAGUUUUUUUAAUUGAAAUGUUUUUAUUUUCUGUAACUUUUGGACAGAAAGAUGGUUAAACACAUCGCAGAACAAACCUGUCAAACAACUUCCUGUUUGUUUAAUGUCACGCCCAAACGGAGUCGUAAUGCCUGACCGUCGGUGACCUCUGACCUCUGUCGAGCGUGACCUGAUGCACGUGCGAAUGCCGUCUCCCUGCAGACGCAGAGGACUCCUCGUCUGAGUGGAAUGCAGCCAGUCAAUAAGCUGAACUUGGGAGGAAAACUGUUAUGGACUUUCAUGUAUUUGCACUGGAACACACUUUGAGUAAAACCAUGGAAACAAAC